AUGGGAUGGAAAGUGAGUGCCUCGCUGGCUGACCGAGUUAUCGCUCACAAUAAUUCCCAACCCAGAGAGACCAUAUUGUUGGUGGAUUGUAGAGGCCGCAUUUUUGCCGUACUAGGAGGCAUUCCUCCCAGGGCUAAAGAUUGGGAGGAUGUCAUUGCUCGGGCGUCCAGGGCAUUCAAAACCACCUACGACGCAUCUACAUAUGCGCCUGCGCAUCUCUUUCACCGUCGCGGAGACUAUUCUUUUCGAAACUACGGCUUCUCUCAUGGCGGGGGUCAAGUCAGACCAUCAAAUAUUGCUAUUACUGGCGGUAAGAACAAGAAAGCCGUAGAGCACCUGUUGAACGAUGGCGACAUGCUUCGAGUGGCUGGACACACCGGAGUCUUAUUCAGAUCAUUCGCGUACAAGAUGUCUGCUGAAUACCAGGCCCUGCUCAAAGAUCUCACCCAACGAGAUGGGGAUCUAAAGCCUCCUCCGCAUCCGAACCCUGGAGGAGGGUUUUGGGCAGCAGCUACCACAAACACAGGGCCUGCAACCUGCGCAAAACCCCACAAAGACCACCAAAACUAUGCGCCUGGAUGGUGUGCUAUAACUCCAUUCGGAGAGUUUAAUCCAGAUCAAGGAGGAGACCUCAUCCUAUACGAAAUUGGCCUUCGUAUACGAUUUCCUCCAGGGGCCACCAUCCUCAUACCUUCUGCGAUCAUAACGCACGCCAAUCUUCCAAUACAUCCGGGGGAGACUCGUUAUUCUCUCGUUCAGUACACGGCUGGGGCUUUAUUCCGAUACAAACAUAACGGGUUCAAGAACGAUACCGAGAUGGAGGCCAGAGGAAAGGACCCGCAAGAACGCAAGGCUUCUAUCCAGAAACAGGAGGAGGAUAGGAAGGUCAGACAGAAGGAAGGUUUGGAUUUGUAUACACAUUAUGACGAACUGGCCAGAGGCGAUUACAAGCGGGAGGUGCUGGGGGACCUGAGCGACCUUAGCGACCCGCCGUCGGAUGAUGAAAAAAAAACGCAGUAG